AAGCGCGCCAAAUCCAGACUGCUGCUGCUCCCUCUCGCGCAACGGCGCCCGUGACCUCCUCACCACGACCGUGACCUCUUCCUGACCCCCGUGACCUCCUCCUGAUGCCCGUGACCUCCUCACGCUCAACGUUGAUUUGCUGAACAGUUGGAGAGAAGCUGCAGCAGCAGCUGGGAGCAUCAACAGAAGUAGCAACUGGCACAGCAGCAGGAGCAACAGUAGCUGAAGAAGCAGCUGGAGCAUCAACAGCACCAGCAGCAGCAGCAAGAGCAGCAGCAGCAGGCGAUCCGGGGUGCAAGUGUUGAGAGUGACAUCCCGUCAUCCACUACUCGUCCACACAAGGAUGAUGCAGCGAGUGUCCCGCCUGGCGCGGGAGGUGGAGCGUCUGGCGAGCGAGCCUCCGCCCGGCGUGUCGUGCUGGCUCUGCGACGAGGCGUCCGGGGAGCUGCGUGCUCAGAUCCUGGGAGGUGCGGGCACUCCCUACGAGGAAGGCAUAUUCAGCUUGGAAGUGCAGAUACCUGACAGGUAUCCAUUUGAGCCCCCAAAGGUGACGUUCCUGACGCCCAUCUAUCACCCAAACAUCGACACGGCCGGCCGAAUAUGCCUCGACAUUCUCAAGAUGCCACCUAAGGGCGCGUGGAGGCCCUCACUGAACGUGUCCACAGUCCUCACAUCCGUGCAGCAGCUGAUGGGGGAACCUAACCCGGAUGACCCGCUCAUGCCCGACAUCUCGGCCGAGUUUAAGUACAACAAGCCAGCUUUUGUCAGCACGGCCAAAAGCUGGACACGGAAGCAUGCCAUGGCGGAGAAGGUGGGCCCUGAUGUUGAGAAGGCCACGGGAGGAGACAUCGACGGGACACCUCAGGAGGCCGUACCUUUGUUGAGGGACGACAAGAAGCAGCCCUCCGAAGACGAGGCUGGACAUCACGAAGCCAAAAGAGUGCGGCUGUGAGCCCGAUCACCGUGGCCGCCUGGCUCGGUGCACAAUUGUAAAGGAAUCCUAGUCACCAAAAUCGUGCCCUUAUUUGGAUUUUUAUGAAAGAUUGGUUGUAUUUUUUUAGCUCUCUGAUAUGUUUUGUUGCUCGUGCCAGCGUGUUGUUAAGCAUAAUGUCCGACGUUUCGCUGCAAUGGGCUGGGAGCUUCUUCAGGGACUGCAAAUGAAGAAGCUUCCAGCGCAUGUUGGACAGAACGCCGAACAACAACUCAACAACCCAUCGGAGAGCUACACAGGAGCAUGGCUGCAAAAACCUGAGCGUUAUCUUUUUUUAUUCGCGUGUUAUUUUUUUGUCAUCACAUUCCAAUGGGGGAUGGAGCAGCCUAUAGAGUGAUUGGUGUACUGCUGCUGCGCUAUGAACCUUAGUGCAAUUACCAAUUAACAGUUUCUAGUUUAGCCAGGGUGAGAACUCCAGACCAGAGAGAGGUCUAAUUUGUGAGCGUGAUCUGCGUCGCCAAUAUGGCAAAGGAAAAUAUAAAAAACAGCGAAAUAGAAAACCUAUCGGAACGUGUUGUACGCUCCCCUGCCCCAACACCAUCUCCCUCUAACCACCUUCACAAUCACACUGACCAGCGUGGUGAAGUAUGGUUAAAAACAAAAAGCCAUGACGGACAUAAUAUUGAGAUGCCUUCAUCCACGAGCGGAUUAAGAAUUUGCAGAAUUUGUGUUUAUAUUGCAAUUGUGUUAUUGCAGCUGCAUGCAGCAAGCAGUGGCAUCAAUCCUGUGGUCAUAAUGUUACCACCAGAAAUCCGAAACGUGCUGAAU